UCCGGUUGUCAUUCCAGUUAGUUACCUCGAUAGGGACACACUGUAGGUAAUGUGCGUUAAUUAACACAGCUGUUAAGAUGGUGGAUGUCCAGGUGGUUAAAGUCCUGGUGAUUGUCGGGCUAUUUGUAUUUACACUGGGUCUGGGAUUGUUGCCGUUACUCAUUGUCCGGUGCAUGCAGACACAAACUGCCCGUGGUAUAAGUUUCCACAAACAAGUCGGUUACAGACGAACAUUAAGUAUAUUGAGUUGUUUCGCAGCUGGUGUCUUCUUGGCCACAUGCCUACUGGGACUGCUUCCAGAUGUCAGACGAGAUCUGGAAAUGGCUCUGGAUAGUCUUCAAAUGAAAACGGAAUUUCCUGUUCCUGAGUUUGCUAUGGUAUUCGGACUCUUCGUUGUACUGACAAUUGAACAAAUAGUUCUCACAGUGAAAGAAAGAAAACCCGUACAGGACGAAAAUAACGAGUGUCGUGCAGCCUGCAGCAAGACACCGCUUUUGAGUGAUGACAAUGGAGACCACAGAGGCUAUAACAGAUCCAUUUCCAGUGAACAUUCAAUCUCCGGCAUAAGUGACGAGCCUAUCCAUGAUUCAUUGACUCGUAGCUUUAACAGAGAAAGUAGCCAUGAUAGCCAUAUCCAUGAUGACUUUGUGCACCAACAUUCCACACUCCGGUCCCUGCUUUUGUUGGUUGCAAUCUCACUUCACUCGCUAUUUGAAGGACUAGCAGUUGGUCUGCAAAAGGAUAUAGAGUCAGUUAUUGGUUUAUUCACUGCUCUUUUGCUACACAAAGGAAUUCUCAGCUUCAGUUUGGGCAUGAACUUGAUUCAAAGUAAACUUUCGAGGGUUGCCAUAAUAAGGUCUUUGGCUUUAUUUGGGCUCUCUGCUCCUGUUGGAAUUGGGAUUGGAAUUGGAAUCAUUGAUCUGUGGGAUUCGAAAGUAUCUACUCUUGUACAAGGCAUUCUCCAAGGCAUAGCCUGUGGAACAUUUCUUUAUAUAACUUUCUUUGAGGUGCUUCCUCAUGAGUUCAACUCUUGUGAAAUAAGAUUGGUGAAAGUGCUUUUUCUGAUAAUAGGAUUUAUUACGGUGACUGGAGCUGUGUUCCUGGAACUCAAAUAUGGAUAAAGAAAGAUUUCAGUUUUCAUCUAUUUGUACCUCAAAAUAUAGAUCUAGAUGUUUGAAGAUAUAAAUAUAUUUAUUGCACUUGUUAAUAUGUUAUAUUUAUCAUAGUUUAUAAUAAAAAGUACGCAAUGAU